AUGCCGACCCACGGAGAAAGAAACCUGGAACUCGGGAAUCAGGCGUAUGCUGCCUCUUUCGACCAAGGCCAUCUAGCACUUCCACCUAGCCAGAGAUACACUAUCGUAACGUGUAUGGACGCUCGCAUCGAUCCCACCGCUGCAUUCGGUAUACCUCUUGGAGCCGCCCACGUAAUACGCAACGCCGGCGGUUGUGUAAAGGAUGCCUUCCGAUCGAUCGUUAUAUCGCAACAACUUCUUGGAACAAGAGAAGUGAUACUUGUCAAGCAUACAGGAUGCGGUAUGCUCACAUUCGACAACGAUAUUGCGAGAGCCACGGUCAUGAAGAAGAGAGGAGAAGUGGCUGCAAGAGAGGUGGAGACACUUGACUUUCACGCUUUCCGUGAUCUAGAGAUACAGGUCAAGAAGGACAUACAAUGGCUUCGGAUCAAAGCCAUUGAGGAGAACAUCAGGUUCAGCGGCUGGAUCUAUGACGUGGAGACAGGGAAGACAACUCGGAUUGUGUGA